AUGGCUGCUUCAUACUCUCGCCAUGGCGUUCACUAUGCCCCUCCUAGCAAAACAUUGCCCAUCACCAUGCCCUCCAAAGCUCCUGCUCUGCCAUACCCGACUUCGCGCGUGGCCAUGUCGCCACCGGAGUACUCUGAUUCGAGCGUCUAUUCUUCCCAAGGCUCUCGUCAUUCGCCCAGAUCGUACUCGGCACGAUCCUCCACCUCGCAUGCUCCAUCUCAUUCCGACUACGAUGUCUACCGCGAAAGCGAUCGUGACGUUUCUGAGAUGCUCAGCAAACGCAUGCACAACGCUUUCGAUCCCAUCACCAUGGAUCGCUCCCUGGCAAAGCAGGCGCAAGAUUCUGGCAAGCUCAACUCAAAGGAGCGCGAAUUGCGCGAGCUGCAGGAGAGGGCUCGUGCGCGCUUGAAGACGGCCCGUGUAAACUUUGCGCAGGGUGUCGAGGACGCUCGCGAGGUUAGGCGAGACCUGGACUAUUGCAAGGAGACGACUCAAUCUGUGAAAUCCAAGGCUGAGCGACAUCACUCGGAUGCGUACGCGAAAGCAUCCAAGAGCCGCUCCCGGCACGCUUCUUAA